GUGGAAACCACAAAUAGCUUUCGGUGUCUGCGGAAGCUGAUGAGCUGUUUUGGACUCUCUUCCCCCCCUCUUUCCUCCUCUUCCUCUUGCUUGCCCUUUGCUUUUAUCCCUGAUCUCUUUGUGUCGAGUGUGGCAUGACAUUUUCGUGUCGGCUGUGUGGUGGUGGAGGCAGAGUUGGUGGUUGGUCGUUGCUUGGUGGUGGGCGCGUGUGCCCGGCAUGCCAGGGCGAAGGGCAGGUAGCCCUGAAGCAGCGUGCGUGCCCCGCAUGCAAAGGGCGUGGGAAGACGGGAUCGUGGACAUCAACACAAUGCCGUGCCUGCGGUGGUCGAUGCUACCUCCAACACAAACUGUAUCGAUGCCAGGGCUGUAGUGGGACGGGGCACACUGGACGGCUGUUUUGGAAAUCCGGCUGCGGCAUGUGCGAUGGGCGCGGCUAUGUUGACGGCAAACAGCACGUGUGCAUCAUGUGCAGUGGCUCACAGCGUGUCCGAAACGGGGUCUUCGGCACAAAGUCAUGCCCUGCCUGUCUUGGGUACGGGCUCGUUGUCGGACAGCAACACAUCUGUAAGGCCUGUGCCGCAUCGGGACUGCGCCGUGACGAGCCAUGCCCAAUAUGCAGUGGACGGUGUUAUGUUCCAUUUGAGCAGAUGGAAUGCACGGGGUGCACUGGGUCUGGAAGGAACACGGGCUGGUUGACGGACUCGCCGUGCCAGCAGUGCGCCGGUGCUGGCUUCAUGCCAUUACGACCCGUGCUCGAGGCGUCAGACUUUUCUUCCGACGAAGACAUGAUCGAUGCGUCUCAUUCCAGUGGCAGCGACAGCACCGUCGUCCAUGGACUGCCACACCACCACCGCAACCACAAAGACAACCGCCGCCGUUCCAGUAGAUCAUCAGCCACAGCGACAGCCCGAUCAGAGCCUCCCUUGUACACGCAGCGUCGCUUCUGGCUCUUGCUCACCUUUAUCGUCAUCAUCGCCACGAUCAUCUCCUUCCUCAUCCAACCAACACCAGCACCAGCGCCAGCCACUUAGCCGAAUGUCGUUUAAAUUAUCCAAUAAAUUUCCGGAAUCCGGGCAGACGU